CGAACGGCUGAGUGGCAAAUUAAGCUGAACACUCUCGGCCACACCUGCCUUGAGCUCACAUCUGAUUCACCACAUUAUGAAAUCGAGGAGAUAAUGCAACAUGGAGUUAUUAUUGCAACGCCGGAAAAAAUUGACAGCCUAUUGCGUCAUCAAGAAGGAUUAAAGGAUCUUCUUUCUCGAGUUAAACUUUUGAUGGUUGAUGAAAUUCACACGAUUGCAGAUCAGUCUCGUGGAGCCUGUUUAGAGGCAACCGUUAUGAGAUUCCUUCCAUUUCGACCUCGAGUUAUAGCUGCAACAGCCACUUGUCAAAAUAUUUCUGAUGCAAAAAAUACGGCAGAGUUUUUGGCUCGUGAAAUCAUUUUGCGUCCGAGUAUUCGUCAAGAUCUUCUCAACAAUAUCUCUGGCAGCUUGCUUAAAGAAUGUUUAAGCAAGGGUGUUGGAUUUCACCAUGCUGGCGUUAGUCCUACAGAUCGCCGACUGGUAGAAGAGGCCUUCCUGGAAGGCUGUAUUCCCAUCCUUGAUUACCUUAAUGUUGAGGUGAUGUUGGGUCGAAUUAAAAACUUGGAAGAUGGAAUUAAGUGGAUAUCUGAUACUUACCUGGCCAUACGCAUUCCAAAGAACCCAAUAUUCUAUGGCCUACAAAUACCUCAAGCUGGUACCUCAAUGAUCCUUGAAAGACUCUGCUUGGAUGCUCUGGACAAACUGAAAUCGAUCGGAGCUUUAAAAAUAUCAAAUGAGGAUCGGAUGAUUGUGCCUUAUCGUAGGCUGAUUCUAAUAGCUGGAAAGUUAAUGUGUGAACAUUUUCUAUCCGCCAGCACGGUAGAAUCCAUUUUUCGCCUUACUGGCUCUGAAACCCUUAUAGAUUUGAUACAUUAUGUUGCUGGAUGUGCUGAAUUGCACGAGAUUUCGAUUCGUAAUCAGGAGAAAAGUCAGUUGAAUCUCAUCAACAAAGCAACUGGUAUUCAGCGACUGAGGUAUCCAACGAAAGGUCGAAUUACCACACCCCAAUUGAAAGUAGUUACGCUACUGCAAGCAGAGUUAAAUGACUUCGUUGUACUCGAACCGGGUCUUCAACAGGAAAGUAACAAAGCUCUCAAGGUAUUUGCUCGCUGCGCGACAGGUCUCCGCAACCUCCUCUGGGGGACAACUUCCUACGGGAGCUGGGACGCCGCGCCAACAGUUGCAGACAUCCCCCCUACUGCAGUAAACACUGGAUUCGCCUGCAUGGCUCAUGUGAUUGAACUAGUCAAAGUGGUAAAUUACCGUGCCUGGGCUGACGCCCCCCUCGCCUCGUUGCGUCAGCUACCCGAUGUGAGCAAGGGCUGCGCUAAUCAAUUGGCUGGAGCUGGAGUGGUCUCACUGAAGGACAUAGAGAGGCUUGGACCAAGAAGACUUGAACAGGUGAGGAUCCUCAAUCGAAAACCACCCUUUGGUGAUAAAGUCUACGAGAGCGCUCUUGGAAUACCCAAAUAUGAACUCGCCGCUGAACAGGUAACAACAGCUGCUCCUGAGUGCGUGGAGUUUGAGUUCACAGUUCGUCUCAUACGAUCCAGCAAAUUUGAUCAGAUUGCUCUCAUAGUUGGAGACGACAAAAAUUGCAUCAUCUUCAAAACUGUGCUUUCAACCACGAUGAUUGAAUCAUCGGGUAAGUGGUCUCAGCGCAUUAUGAUUCACUACACCUCAGGGGCUAAGCUUCUCUUCACCAGUCUAAUUAGCUUUAACUUCUUGGGCAUCGACUUGAACAUCAACUUUCCCAUCCCUUGGUCCGAGUUCUGCACCGAAGGGAUGGAUCAAGGCCUUAAUACCACAUUUGGUAACAUAAAUCAGAUUCUUCCAAUGACCAUCAGCCCCUACAUUCCAAAUUCGCCUUCUUCAGUGCAGCUGAAGGUAGAUUGCAAGCGGAAAACUCCGAAAAUCUGCAGGUCAAAGCAGACAAAAUCAUCUAAACCAUUGUUCGCAACACCAAAAAGGGUCUGUGGCAACCUAAAGCAGGCAAACAUUCACACUUUUUUCAAGGCAGCCAAAUUGCACUCGGAACAGGUACCAAAAGGCAAAUCGGCUAACUUGUUGACAGAAAUCAGCCCCACUCCAAAGGCAGUCAGUCUUCCAUCUACUCCAGCUCUGAAUGCCUCCAUAGCUGGUACUUCACACACUCACAUUCCUCAUGAAUCAUCAUUUGCGGGUGACCCACCAUCCUUGCCCCAACCUUCUUCCAUCCAAACACCCUCAGAAGUUGGACAGAAGGGACUCAAAUGGAAUCAGAAUGCUGUUGAUUGUGUCAGUCCUGAGACAGAUAGGAUGGUGGAAGAGGAGCUGUGUUCCUUUCUUGACUCCGUAGAGGCCAGUGAAGAACCCUCUGAUUUCAUGCAUUACCGUCAGCUGAACUACACCAUCUCACCCAUUUUUCCUGUGGAUAUGGACGAGUCCUAUAACUACAAUGUUUCCCUUAACACUAUUGCAAUCAAGUCUCCUAAUGGAGCAGCGAACGACGUUCAACAUGAUCACUCUACCCCGAGCUUCAAAACCCCCAAAGAAAUGCAACUACUCACCUCGCUUGAUGAUGUUUCGCGGUCAGAAAGUGUUUGCUGUGAUACAGGCUAUGUUUCGUCACAGCAGCAAUCGACUUCAAAUAAACCGCAAAACUCUGCCAAUUUGAUGGAGACUACGUCGGUGAAGGCGAACAUGGGAGUCAAGGCUAUGUUUGCUGUUCAAGAGGCUGAUAAGGAGAGGUGUUUAAAAGUGCAGGAAAUGGAGGUUUUAAAUGCCGAACCGCAUUCCUCGAGACUGUUGGAUUUUCAACUCCUUCGCGAGGGCUGGGAUCAGUUGGCCACGUUUAUUUAUUGCUACAGGAUCUUGGAAAAGUUUGCGGAUUUUCUCAACAACUUAGUGGCCUCGUUGAAGCACUGGGCUGAUUUCUUUAGUGGUCUUUGA